UCUAUAUUUUUUUCUUUUGCUUGUCAAAUAAUUGUCCAAUUAUCUGUUGCGUACAGCUUGUUGCGGGGCUUUUAGGCGUGGAGUCUGGCCAAGAUGCUGUAAUCAGAGGGCUUUUAUAUGAGAAGUCAAAUCUGAAAGUGAUGCCUUAUGGGAUAACAGUUGCAGAGUUUACCAAUCGCAUCUCCGAUCUAAGGAACAAGCUUGGCAAAGCAGGGUUGAAAGAUGAAGGCCUUGUGGUCCCUAAACAACUGGGUGCUGAGGGCAAGAUCCAGGGAAAUUCUCUUGCGGGUGACAAAUACUCGGUUGCCUACGACAGGACACCUGAAGAAAUUCUUAGAAUUGUCUAUGGAAGUGGCAAUGAAGCCACACCUGGUGGUUUCUAUCCAAAGGGAGCUGAUGGUGCCAUUGCUAAAUCUUAUCUACACACUGCAAACCAUUAAUAGUGUGAAACCUGGCAUUUUUAUGUUAUCACCAUCCAUUUAAACAAUUAUGUUUUGUGUAUAAUGUUGUUUA